AUGGCUGACAUGAGGACGGGUGCUUUUAAGCACGAUAACAUGGUAGCUCCAAAGCCGGGCCUAGUACUGCCGUUAUUUUCCCUCAAGGGUAAAACAGCAGUUGUUUCUGGAGCGGGUGCUGGAAUUGGUCUUGCGGUUGCUCAUGCAUUUGGUAUGACCCCUUCAAGUGAAACUUGGCCUUUAUUGAAAUGGAUUUCAUCUUUUCCCCGAUGGCCGUCGCAAAUCGCUGAGGCAGGAGCCAACGUUGCAAUUUGGUACAAUUCCAACAAGAAAGCUCUUGAAGAGGCUGCCAAUAUCGAAUCAACAUAUGGUGUGAAGUGCAAGGCUUACCAGGUCAACGUAACGACCUGGGAGACGGUGCGCGAUGCCGUUGAUGAAAUUGUAAAGGAUUUUAACGGCCGAAUCGACAUAUUCGUCGCGAACUCCGGCAUCGCGUGGGAAGAAGGCCCUUUUAUCGACGGCCCACUCGAAACGAUGCAAAAGGUGCUGAAGGUUAACGUCGAUGGCACAUUAUAUUGCGCUCGAGCCGCCGCGCUGCAUUGGAGGCGACAGAAACAGGAGGGAACCACGAGCGAUGGGAAGCCGUUAGAAAACUUCACUUAUGGCAGUUUCAUUGCCACCUCAAGCAUGAGCGGUCAUAUCGUCAAUGUCCCACAGCAACAAAUGGUAUACAACGCGUCAAAAGCGGCUGUUAUCCAUGCUUGCAAAUCACUAGCUGUCGAAUGGGUUGGUUUCGCGCGCGCCAACUCGGUUUCUCCCGGAUAUAUCAAGACCGAACUUUCGGCCUUUAUUCCGGCAGAAACGAAACAGAUCUUCAAGGACAGGAUUCCGAUGGGACGAGAGGGCGAGCCCGAGGAGUUAAAGGGUGUUUACCUAUAUCUGGCAUCUGAUGCCGCGUCGUAUACGAAUGGUACCGACAUCAUCGUUGAUGGUGGUUACUGUGUGCCGUAG